AUGUCCACCGGGACCAUCUCCGCUGCCGCUCUGCAGUACUUUGAGUCGAAGGGCAUUCAGUUGAUUCUAGAAGAAGCGAUGCACGACUUGGUGCUGGAGAUGCCUGAAGACCCACUCGUGUUUCUGGAGGAGGCCUUCCGCAGGCCGACCCCUGUUCACGUCAUUAUCAUCGGUCCAUGCGGCAGCGGCAAAACCACGCUGGCAGCCACGUUGGCUGCCCAUUAUGGCGUCACGCAUGUCGCUGCUACUCCCGCGGUUGCCGGAGAUAUGGUGAUGCCGGCGGAUGUGCUCGGCGAGCUGAAGCGUCUGCAGAAGGACGGUAGGGGCUGGGUCCUGGACGGUUUCCCACAAACACGCGCAGACGCGAUUCAGCUGCAGACGUCGGGGAUAUCUCCACAGCACGUCUUUGAGCUGCAGAUCCCAGCGUCAGUGGCACUGGAGCGCGCCACCGCCAGCGCGGCUGACCCAUCCAAGCACACAGAAGAGCCGACCGCCAUUGCGAAAAACUACGAACACUACGAGGUGCGCAGAAUAGAGAUCACCACUUCCUACCAGCACUGCUACCGUGGCGUCGACGCCACUGUCUCCGCUGAGGAGGUGGCUGCGGAGGUCAUGAAGACCAUCGACGCGUUCCAGCGCAUGUGA